AUGAGUGGACGAAAGAACCUCGGUUUCAUUGAGGAUGCUAGGACAGAUAGUUAUAGCAGUUUUUCAGCAGCAAUAAAUUCUAGGGAAAUUCUAACACCUACCAACAACGCAUAUGAACUCAAGGAUUUAAGAAAAUCUCAGGAGGCUGAUGAUUAUGAUCCUUUCAAUCACAGAGAAAUUGAACAUCCAACGACAAAUGGAGAAACUCUGCUCCAUCUCCUGAAAGGCAGCCUUGGAACGGGCAUAUUGGCCAUGCCUUUGGCGUUCAAGCACUCCGGUUACCUUUUGGGACUCAUCAGCACGGCCUUUAUAGGUUUCCUCUGCACAUACUCGAUCCACUUACUUCUCAAAUGCGAGUACGAGAUGUGUAAGCGCAGGAAAGUACCAAGUAUGACUUAUCCCAGGACGGCGGAGUGUGCUCUACAAGAUGGCCCCGCGGCGUUUCAGAAAAUGGCGCCCUAUGCACCGCACAUCGUCAAUAUGUUUUUGAUCAUCUACCAGAUGGGCAUCUGUACUGUCUAUAUAGUUUUUAUAGGCGACAAUAUCCACAUCGUACUCGAAGGAAACAACUUGGAAUUCGACACCAGAUGGAUCAUGCUGAUUUUUCUUUUACCGCUGAUAUUCAUAAAUUACGUACGGAACCUGAAGUUAUUGGCACCUCUCUCAAUACUUGCCAACUGUAUCACUUUGAUAAGUUUUGGAUUGAUUCUGUACUACAUGAUCAAGCAGGAUAUCACGUUGGAGAAUAGAAAUGUUUUCGGAAACUAUUUGGAGUAUCCCUUAUUCUUUGGGACUGUACUUUUUGCUUUGGAAGCAAUUGGAGUGAUAAUGCCGUUAGAAAAUGAAAUGAAAUCACCAGAAUCCUUCAAUGGUCCUUGUGGUGUGCUCAACAUUGGCAUGUUCAUCAUCGUCAGCUUAUAUAUAGGCAUGGGACUUUUUGGUUACUUGGCAUUUGGUUCUGAAGUUCCUGGUUCAAUUUCCUACAACAUUGGUAAUGAAAUCCCUGCACAAGUCUGUAAAAUAAUGCUAGCAGUUGCCAUAUAUUCAUCGCACGCUCUACAGUUAUAUCCUGCCAUCGAUAUAGUUUGGACCCAAUAUUUGAGACCACUAUUUGACAAGAGUCCGAACCAAAUUUUUUAUGAGUAUGCGACCAGAACGUUACUGGUCUCAAUAUGCUUUUGCCUAGCGGUCGCCAUCCCUUACGUCGACCUAUUCAUCUCCCUUUUUGGGGCCCUCAGCCUCUCUAUGCUGGGCCUCGCCUUUCCAGCCAUCAUCGACCUCAGCACCAACUGGUACUCCCUGGUGGGUACCAGAGGGGUACUCAUCAUCAUCAAGAGCUGCUGCAUCAUCCUGUUCGCUAUCUUGGGCCUCAUAGUCGGUACUUCGACCAGCCUCGAGAAUAUCGUGAAGAAAUUUGCUGAUGAUGCCAAUUCGACUGGAUGAUGUCUUCAGAUUCAUUAUCAUUUUUGAGGAUUCUCUUUGUCAUAAUUUUAAUGAAAAAAUAAUGAUCAUGAGUGCGCAUAUUGCCCAGUUGUUUAUGAUAAGGACAAACAGUGACCUCGACGAAUUUUCUGACACGAAUAGACAGAUAGUUUCUUCGGAAUGACUCAGUAUAGUGAUUUGUGAAGUUGCAAAAUUUUGGUAUAAGGCCAAAAGACCAUAUUUUCAGGGAUUGAGUAUUGAGGAAUUGUGAGGUUGAACAAGAAGAUGUCAAUGUUGAAUUGAGUAUUUCUAUGGAAUCAAAAGCUGGUGGAUAGGUAGUUCUUUCAAAUACGAGCAAAAGAACAACUUUAUGAAUCAUCUGUUUUAUAAUCUCAUUACUAUUGAUAUUGGCAACAAUGCAUUCAAUAAAUGGUAUACUCAAUUUGACAGUAACUUCUUUCAAUAAAUGGCACGAAGUGUCUUAUUCUUAUUUCUGAGUGGAAUAUGGUGAAUUCAGAUAUCUAUAAUUAUUGUACAGUUGUGUGCAAAAACAAGUCGUACAAGGUUUAUAUAGUGUAAACCUGCCUAUGAUAUUUCAGAUUUCAUUAAAAAGUAGUACGCGUACACAUUUGCACGUUACUGACAAUAGUAGAUUGUUUUAUUAGGAUCAAAAGUGACACUUUGUUUGACAAGCGAAAGCAAAAUUUGCGAGUCGAGCAAAGUCACUUUUGAUCCGAAUGAAACAUGCUAUUUUUUCUGCAACCAAAACAAUUAACUCAAAUAAACAUGUGAAGUAACCACCAAUGCCGUGCCAUAUGUAUGCAAUGCAACAAAUAUUGACAAAUAAUCCAUGUGGUGGGAAUAUUCAGCAGUUUAGGUUAUCUAGGAUGUUCGAAUUGUAGUUUCAAUAUAAAUACAACCACAGAGUGACAUAUUUGUGUAUGGAACAGGUGCUCUAAUGGCAAACACCGCGCCAGUGCCAGCUAUAGGAAUAAGUCGUGGAAAAUGUUAGGUUAGUGAGCAUAUCAACAAUGAUGAUAGUGAUUAUUUAUUCCUCUCCAUACUACACUGUGUUUGACUUAAUAAUCAAAUGAAGCUAAACAAUGUCGUUGUUUGAGACAAAAAACCUAUUGCUUGCAGUGAUUAUUCAAAAACAAGUUAUCCAUCCCGCGAAUAACGAAUGAAAUACAGAUCAACCAAGUAUUUGAAUCUUGAAGGCUUCCCUGAUCAAAACAAAAAUACUCAGCUGAGAUGUUUAUAAUUCCAAUACUGAACUAUAAUGAGAUGUAUUUAUAU